UCGCCCUCUGUUAUUUCUUCAUCUGGGUUUCUCCCUUUUUAACCUUUGGAAACAUCACAUCACGUCCAUACGAAAAUUCCAUAUAUACGCUCGCACACAUACAUACUCCUUCCUCUGCAUUUUCCAUGAUAUUCUCUAUGCCUCGCCAUUAAAGGGAGGGGGGAGAAAGAACACUAAAGCUGAGAUUUUUAUGAAAAUUUCAAGGCUAAAUGGUUACUGGGUCAUUAGGCGACGAGAUUAAAGACAACUGGGAAUGGCAUCGAGUUCUUGUCCGAAACAGAGCACAGUAGCCAUGAACCACAACACCCAGACUUAUCCAUCUCCUCUUGCAAGGUACGAGGAUGUGGUGGCAAGCCAGAAGCUUUUCAUGGCCACUUUGGAAAAGCUACACUCUAUGAUGGGUACUAAAUUCAUGAUACCGAUCAUAGGGGGGAAGGAGUUGGAUUUGCAUAAACUAUUUGUUGAGGUAACUUCUCGUGGUGGAAUCGAAAAGAUCAUUAGAGAAAGAAGAUGGAAGGAAGUAACCGCUACAUUUAGCUUUCCCCCGACGGCAACAAACGCGUCUUUUGUCUUGCGCAAAUACUAUUUCUCGCUGCUUCACAAUUAUGAGCAAAUCUAUUUCUUCAAAGCUCGUGGCCAGAUCCCUCCCGACUCUACUAGAUCAGUUUCCAUGCAUGGAACUGUAAAACCAUCUCUAGAACUUCAAGCUAUAACAUUUUCGCAACCAAGGAACGAUUCUGGAGAAAACCCGGCAGCAUCUUCAACUGGUUCCCCUGUGAUCGGAGUCAUUGACGGGAAAUUUGAGAGCGGUUAUCUUGUUACUGUCACAAUCGGAUCAGAGAAACUCAGGGGAGUCCUGUAUCAGAUUCCAAAGAACACUGGUCCUCCAAGUUAUGGCGUUUUCCCCACCAGCUGGACAGACAAGGCUAAUUAUCAGACACCUUCAGGAACAAAACGACGAAGGAGAAGGAAGAAAUCGGAGAUAAAGAGACGGGAUCCAGCUCACCCGAAACCCAACAGAAGCGGGUAUAAUUUCUUUUUUGCAGAGCAGCAUGCCAGGCUGAAGCCGCUUCACCCGGGUAAGGACAGGGAGAUCAGCAGGAUGAUUGGUGAACUCUGGAACAAGCUCAAUGAACAGGAAAAAUCGGUUUAUCAGGGGAAGGCUCUGGAGGACAAAGAACGAUACCGGGCAGAAAUGGAGGACUAUCGAGAGAAGCUGAGGACGGGUCAGCUGAUCAGCAACGCUGUGCCACUGCAACAGCGGCUUCCUGGGCAAGACCUGGAAAUGGCUGAAGCUGAUGCCACCAUGGAAGAAGCCGAAGCCGAAGAAGAAGAAGGAGAAGAAGAAGGUGACUCGAGUGGCUGCUCAGGCGAAAGCGAACAAGAGGAAGAUCAAAACUGUGCAUCUGAUGCUGAAGUGGAAGAAGGGUCCCACCCCGGCCCUAAGCCUCCCGCUGCUGACUCAGCGGCUGCGCCUAGGGAGAAAGCUGAGCAUUUGGUCGAACCAUUCCCUGCUGCCAAAGCCGAAGAACCAUUGCCCGGAGAAAAACAAAGCUGAAAGGUUCUUCUUCUUAACUUCUUCUUCAGUAUCACUUGCGGUGCAAGACAUCUUCUUAGCCAUUGCUUCAUCGUCCUUGUUUAGUUUUCUUCUGCGGCAAGGUAUCUAUCGAUCGAUCGAUCUUCGUCAGAACAGACACAACAGGGUUUUGUUUUGGUCUCGCUUAGGAUUCAAGUUGGCAUCCGUAGGAGAUUCAGUGUAGUUGAAGAGAUGUGUCCCAAAGGUUUCAGCUUUCAUUUAGAACCAAAUCAUUUCCUAUUCAUACAGCAUAGUUAUUCCAUCGUUUCAUACAA